AGAGAACACUCAUUCAAGGUUUUUGUCUUGCAGACAAACCGCUGUCAUGCGGUGUCUCAUUCUUUUAUGUACUGUAUUUCAUGCGGUUCGCUCAGUUUUAGAUGCUUCAUGGUGGUCAUCCGUCGCACAGCUUUCUACAUCCCUAGCCGGGCAAAGCGCUAGACCCGUCUGCUCAUUAAGAGGGCUGUCGCCAGGGCAGGCGAGAAUAUGCGAUCUUUUCAAGGAUCACAUGCCAGCUGUAGGUCAAGGUGCACAAACGGCAAUUCAGGAGUGCCAAUAUCAGUUCAAAUCAAAUAGAUGGAAUUGUUCAACACCCUAUGGAUCCGGAAUUGUCGGACCAAUUCAUAAACUAGGAACGCGUGAGGCUGCCUUCACCUACGCCAUCCUCUCCGCAGGUGUUACUCAUGAGAUUGGCAGAAGGUGUAAACAAGGAUUACUCGCGUCAUGUGGUUGCUCAGAAGAAGCAAAACCAAAGAAUGUAGCCGACGAUUGGACAUGGGGAGGAUGCGGCGAUAACGUAGACUAUGGCUAUCGAUUUGCAAAAAACUUCAUCGAUAUUCGAGAAAAGGAAAGGGAUCCAAAACGUGAUAACGACCACGGUCGAUCUUUGAUGAACAGACGAAAUAACGAGGCAGGAAGAAAGAUUCUAAAACGUCAUACGGCUCCGAAGUGCAAGUGUCACGGUGUGUCAGGAGCUUGUAAUCUGAAGACAUGCUGGAUGCAGCUGCCAACAAUGCGACAAGUUGGGAAUAUACUUCAGAAUAAGUACAAGAAUGCUAUUCGAGUACAGGUGAAUUCACGAGGUAACCUACAACUGGUCGCCGAUCAACUUCCGAAGGAUCCCGGAGGCAGAAGGAAGACAAGGGCGUUGCCAACUGACCUCGUUUUUAUGGACGAUUCGCCCGACUACUGUAGGCCAGACCGUGCAGCCGGGACUUUGGGUACACAGGGACGAAUUUGCAGACGAGGUUCCGAUGGAGCAGACGGUUGCGAUUCGUUAUGUUGUGGACGAGGCUAUAACACCUACACUGUCGAGCAAACCACAAAGUGCAACUGCAAGUUUGAAUGGUGCUGUAAGGUUGUGUGCCAAAUGUGCACGAACACCACGCAAGUUGAUAUUUGUAAAUAAGACAAUAUUUCUCUAAUAAGCGUAUUCGCAAGCCAUACUAAUUUGCCCUUCUUUGAAAUAGGUGCUCUUACUCAUCAAAAAAGUUUUGAAUAUGAUUUUCUCACAUGUUUUUGCUAUCUGAGCAUCAAUUCCAACUCCCUGAUCUAAUUUGUAUAUAAUGACUAUGAUUCUGAUUGAAAAGCCAAAACGUGCAGUAUUAAUAAAGUGACCUCUAAGAUUGCUUUACCCACUCUCCAAAAGACACAUAAUAUAAUUAUUUGCAUGUGCUGAUUAGUAAACCUAAACAGAUUUCUAUGAUCAAGACAUUUGUAUGCUACAAUAUGAGUAAUCAUUUGUCGCUUUCCGUAUCUGGAUAUCCAUCAUGUUUUCUAGAUAAAUUCUGGUACUCUAUGUUUGAUGUGCUCUAUAUGGCGCAAAGAUUUUGGUGUGUGCGAUAAAUGUGCUGUC